AUGAAGGACAGUGACGGUCACAGAGAGGUUCGAAGAUCGUCCAGUCAUAGUUACGAGCCAGCUAUUCAGGUGAUCUGUUUAGGUGCUGGUGGUGGACCGACCGAAGACAAUGUAACCGGAUUCCUCGUGCGUUCGACAGCCACCAAAUGGUCCAAGAACUCGGUCUUAGCUGUGGAUGCAGGCUCGCAUCUCGCUGCUAUCACUCGAAUUUUGGAACAACACUUCCCACUUGUUUCAGAACCGUUGUCUCAGUCACCAUCAAAAGUGGAUAGCAUUCAUGAUGACGGUGUUCAAAUCAACGAUAACGGGACAUCGCCAACGACUGAACACAUUCCAACCGACGAUGAUGACGAUUCAGGGAUCGAGACGCCGGUGUCGGAAGAUGGAAUGCCACCGGAGAUAAUAACGUUACUAGACGGAGUAUUUGCUGGACUGCCAUUUCCAAACGCAAGCGCAAGAGCCAAUGCACUACACGUUGUGAGAGAACAUAUAUCGACUUACUUGAUAACACAUCCACAUUUGGACCAUCUAUCUGGGUUUGUUAUAAACACCGCAGCCUUCCAUAACACAUCACGUCCGAAAAGGUUAGCCGCACUUCCUUCCACAGUCCACGCUAUCAAGACGCACAUCUUCAACAACAUCAUCUGGCCCAACCUUACGGACGAAGAUGGAGGUGUUGGACUUGUUUCUUUCCAAAGACUCGCAGAAGGGGGUAACAUUGCCUUAGGUCAGGGCAGAGGAAGGGGAUAUAUUGAGGUUUGCGACGGCCUAGGCGUAAAAGGCUUCAAAGUCAGCCAUGGACACUGCAUGCGGGGUCCAGGGCAUGUACAUCGCGGUUCCAAUGCAGGCUUGCAGGAGACACCAGGACUGCAACACACUGUUGCCGCCUUACAUCAAGGAGAGAUUCGAGAAGGACGCUCGCACAGCAUCUCCAUGCCAGUACCACACAGUCAACCAGGAACUCCGGGUACGGGCCCGUUCGGUGGUGAUCAUGAUCGAAGGUCCAGCCAUGUUGCCGCGAAUACUACUAUACCAGCCGACCACUGCGUGAUCGACUCAUCAGCCUUCUUCAUACGCACUGAGUCCACAUUGACUACACCCACAAAAGAGAUUCUCAUCUUUGGCGACGUUGAGCCGGACUCUUUAUCCCUUUCGCCGCGCACCGCACACAUCUGGAGCGAAGCAGCGCCGAAGAUUGCAUCCGGUAUACUUACGGGCAUCUUUAUCGAAUGCAGCUAUACAAACGCACAAGCCGACGCCGUACUCUUUGGUCACCUAGCUCCGCGCCACCUACUCGCAGAACUUCAUAACCUCGCCGAUAUGGUCAGAGAAGCCCGAAGAGAGCACGAACAAGCGCGCGAAGCAGCACGGCAAGGUCGUAAACGUAAGCGCGCAAGCCAAAACUUGCUUCUCGAUGGCCCCGUGAAGUCACGCACGUGGCACCCCGGUAUCAAGAACUUCGACCCGUCACUCUUUUCCAUACGUCCCCCCUCCCAAACCGAUGAUGACCUGACAGACUGCGCACCCAGCAGCGGUCCGACUGGCACACAUACUCCCAACCCACAUGACGCUCACUAUGCCACACCCAGUCUCCCCCAAAAGCCGUACGUCUCCCACUCAUCAGCAGCAGCAGCGCUGAAUCUCAACAACGUGAGUGCUGGCCACAAUCGUGCGCUACUAUCCACAGCAUUUGAGGCGCCACUCAAGGGGCUCAAGGUUGUGGUCAUCCAUGUCAAAGAUCCCUGUGACGAUGGACCGCUAGUAGGUGAUACAAUACUCAGACAGCUGCAGGAGGGCGAGAUGAAGAUGAACGGGGAUGGAAUGGGGUUGGGAUGUAGUUUCGAGAUUAGUAAGAGUGGGGAUGCAUAUUGGUUUUGA